GAGGCAAAAAUAAAGAAAAGAAAAAGAAAAAAAAAACCCUGACGGUAUAUGUCCGUGCGUGCAACAGUGUUAACCACCGUGAAGCGUAUUACGUACAUACAAGUACGGAGCCCGGCACUGAACGGAGCUCAGUCUCGAGUGGAGAUCGCUCGUGUGCGGACGUGUGUGAUAUUAAAGCCGGAGCUUUCUUUUUUUUUUUUUUCUUCCCCUCUCCUCAGCCACCUGUUUUAUGUUCAGCAGUGCGUUCCGGAUGUUCUCUUGAAAUGGAUAGGUCGCCGAUGUCGACCGUUAACGAAGAGUCGACGUCGUCUGCUUCGGCCGGAAUGGCGGAAUCGGCCAAGACCAACGGCAGCAAAUCUUACGCGUUCAAACCUGGCCGCAAAUUCGGAUUGACUGGCCAACGCCAACAUCACCACCACCCACAGCAACAGGUUUUUGUGAAUAGCUUCACGAGUGGCGGCAGUAGCACCGAUGGAAGGCGGAUGUCGGUGCGUGAAGAGCAGCGCAACAGCUGGAUGUACUCUUUGUCGGAGCAGGAGAUGGAGGACAAGUACAACGCCAUUUGCUUGGCGAUCCGCACGGAAAAUCUGACCCUCGGUCAGCGAUUGGAGCACCAACACGCCGAGCGUGACCUCGUCGAAAACAAUUUGAGUCAGGAAGUUCGCGUUCUCCAUUCGCUGUUUGUCUCGGUAAAGCAAGAAGUGGCCCGUAACAGCCAGGCCAGCCCUUACAGCUUGAGCAGCGGCGGCUGGAACGAGAUCUUCAUCAAAGUGGCCAAUCAACUGGACGCGGUGCACAGUUCGGCGACAAGGAUCAGCUCGUCGGCUGAAUCGCUGGGCGCCGUCGAAUACGAGGCCCGAUUGAGCGCCGCCGUUCAAGUCCUUAUCCUCUACGUCGAUCACAUCAAACGCAAGUGGGAAAAGGAACACCACGAGCUUGAAGAGACCAAGCGCAUCCUCAAAGAAAGUGGAGUCAACGUGGCCCAAUGUUUGGCCAAUCUUCCCGAUCGAGGAGGUGGAAUUGCCAAUCAGCAGCAACCGGCUGGCGGACCGGUCAGUAAGCGACGAGCGAGUUUCCCAGCGGCUCCUUUUCGUCGAAUUUCUCUGAAACCGCCUCCGUUGGUCAUUGCGAAUUCCCGAGUGUCUGAAUCGUCGGCCGCCAAGGACCUGCCGGUGUCCAACGUGGCGAUAGUCGAAGAGCGGGAAGACACAACGGAUUCCGACCACCCGCCACUUUCUGCGUCUUCAAUCAAAGCGGGCGACCAGCAGCAUCGUGAGCAGCCUGGGACUGUUUCGCCCAUCCCGCCUCUUGCGUCGGCUCAUUUGCCGGCGACGCAAUCGACGCCGCCGCCGCUAACAACAUCUCCGGCGGCCGCGGGAAUCCCGAGGAUUAGCGCUAAAGCAACUGCGUCGACUGCUGGGCCGGGCGUUUCGGUCACGAUUCGAAGAAGGGGGGUUGGCGGCCUGAAAAGCCACAGCUGGAGCAGCGGACAUACCACCAGCGGGUUGUUAGACCGUCGGGAGUCGGGCGAAUCUUCUGGACGUCUGACGGGAGCGAAAUUCAAUUGGCUGUCCAGGGCCAGACAAUGGACCCAUCUGCAAUUGAUCCAGUGGCGCAAGACGGCCGCUACGUACACGUCGUCCUACACCGAACAGUGGACUACUCUGCGCCAGAAGAAGCUCCAACUGUUGCGUUACAGUGUCUCGGCUUGUUUCCUCUUGGCCGCCUUCGUGUCCAUUAUCGUCACUUUUGUUCCGUCCUCUGCUGGUUCGUCGUCUUCCAAUGCCACAGUCGUACCCGGCCAACGGGCUGCCCGGUGAAAUAGUGCGUGUACAUUCGAGCUUAAUCUCAUUUUCUAUCGUUUUGUGAUUGGAGGGGCCGGCCGGCACAGUCUAUUGUGUGUGUGGAGUGCGCAUUUUGAAUUUCCUACUCUAGCAGAUUUGUUGUGGCCCUCUUCUUCUAUAUAUACAUAUUAUCUUUAUGUCUAAUGGAGUGGGCGAUAAAUUGGCCCCGGCCGAGCGUGUGUGUUGUGUUAAUGUCUAUGAUUAAGUUGGAAAGUGGCAAAAGCAAAGAAGAGGAAGAAGAAGAAGUCUACUACAGUUCUUUAAUACCAAAAACGUCCAGGCUCGGAAGGCCUGACCUAUUUGGAAUAAUGCUGGAGGAGGAGGCGGUUGUCUGGGAGGGAAGUUCUAUAGUACAGUUGCUGAUAGCCAUAGCUUCUGUAAUUCUAAUAACGGCCACAAUGACGACGCUGAAAUUUAUUCAUGGCUCUUGUGGCUUUGUCCACAGUUGAUUCACUGUAUAUAGUGUCGAGAGCCGAGUCGAGUUUCGAGAAGACUUGACGCGAUAGCCUUCUUCUUCUUUUUUUUCUUUUCUUUUUUGUCUUGAAUUCCCUCCUUUUCCUGUUUAUCUUCUUUUUAUUAUUGUCAGCCAUGGGAAAAGGUGCGCUCAUCCAGCUGUUGUGUGCAAUCUCGGAAGCUUCUUAUUCAAGCGCUGAGCUGGUCUGUCUGGAAUCCAGAGAAGGGAGGGAAUGAUGUUGUAUCUACAAGAAGAGCAGUUCUAUAAUGUAAUCACGCAACGUGAAUUGAAUAAAAAGAAGUUCGGUAAACAA